UGCUAUUAGCAUAAAACAUAUGCAAAUGCAAAGCAUAACAUUUUACCACAAAAAUCAUGGGGUUUACUACUAGUGAUCAUGUUAUUAGUCACAAUGAUAAAAUUAGCCUUGUAUCGCGAGUAUGGUGUUGGCUCCAUCACUUGCCAAAGAGGUUAGUCGCGAAGGUUGUUGGCAUCGCGACAAUGAUGAGAAACUUAGCUAGGGAUGAUCCAAGAAGGGUUAUUCAUUCAUUCAAAGUUGGACUAGCUAUAACUUUGGUGUCUUUGUUUUACUAUUUUCAACCUCUUUAUAAUAGCUUUGGCGUUUCUGCCAUGUGGGCUGUUAUGACCGUAGUUGUUGUCUUUGAAUUUACUGUUGGCGCAACAUUAGGAAAAGGAUUAAAUAGGGCUCUAGCAACUUUACUAGCAGGUGCUCUAGGAGUUGGGGCGCAUCACUUGGCUAGUCUUUGUGGCAAGAUUGGUGAACCUGUCCUUAUUGGAUUAUUUGUCUACAUAUUUGCCGCAGCAUCAACAUUCAUGCGAUUUUUCCCAAAAAUCAAGGCGCGAUAUGAUUAUGGAUUCUUGAUAUUCAUAUUGACAUUCAGCUUCGUAUCCAUAUCAGGGUAUAGAGCAGAUGAAAUCGUAGAAUUGGCACACAAAAGAUUGUCAACUAUCGCGAUAGGUGGAUCCGUUAGCCUACUUAUAAACUCACUCAUUUUUCCUGUUUGGGCCGGUGAAGAAUUACAUAACUCAGUUGCUUCUAAUAUGGAAAAAUUAGGGCUUUUCUUAGAAGGAUUUGGAGCUAUAUACUUGAAAUCAUCUGAAGGUGAAGUUAAAUCUAAGGAUGGAAAUAAGUCAUCUUUUCAAGGCUACAAAAGUGUUCUAAAUUCCAAAAGUGUGGAAGACACCAUGGCAAAUUUUGCGAGGUGGGAGCCAGGACACGGGCACUUUAGAUACCAUCAUCCAUGGAAUCAAUACCUUAAACUAGGAGGCCUUGUUAGGCAAUGCGCCUACAGAAUUGAUGCUCUUAAUGCUUAUUUUGAUCCUCAAACACAGAAACCACAAAAGUUCCCAGAAGAAAUAAGAGAAGCAUGCACCAAAAUAAGUUUGGAAUCAAGCAAAACCCUAAAAAAGUUAGGAUCAUGCAUAAGAAAAAUGGCAUAUCCUUCUACUUCAAUUAAUGCACACAUUGUUAGCUCAAAAGCAGCCGUGAAAAGCCUCAAGACGUUCCUCAAAUCCGGCUCAUCAUAUAAUCAACACGCCGAGUUGUUACAAAUCAUACCAAUCGCGACAUUAGCCUCUCUACUUAUCGACAUUGUUGAUUGCACGGAGAAAAUUGCUGAGUCUACGUAUGAUCUUGCAAUACUCGCACAUUUUAAAAAGGCCAAGAUUAAGGAGAAAAAUGUUGUAGAAAAAUCAAAACCCGAAAAUGUUACAAAACAUGAUGAAGCUGUUAAUAAUCAUGUUUCUAAUGCUGUUGAUUGUCCUCAAGUUGUGAUUACAAUUGCUGAAUUAACAUUAAUAACUUCGAAUUCAUCAACUCAAGGAAACUUUGGGGAGGCGAAUUCGGAUGGCCAGCAUACUCUAGAUGAUUAGUACGUAACUACGUACUUACAAGGAGUAGAAUAUAUAUAUGUAUAGGGAAUUAGAGAUGAUUAGUACUUAAUUAUACGGAGUAGAAUAUAACAAAUUUGUUCAUUUCCUUAAUGAGACAAUAUUCAACUAAUUGAGAUCAUUAUAUAAUAUAUGAUCCAUGUUAGUUGAAUUUUUUAAUUUAAUGAAUUAGAAUAAGUAGCCAAUGAGGCCUUAAUCUAAAGGUUAAGACCGAGGUUCGAUCCUGAUAUAUUAGAUAUGAGAUUUCAAUUUUUCCCCGGUUAUAUAUAUGUACAUAGGUAGAUGUUGUCACGUUGAUAUGUUAGUCUCUAUGCCUUUUUUUGAGCCAAUAAAUAUAAAAUAUCA